GCGGCGUGCGGCGGCAGUGGCCGGGCUGGUUCCCUGCGGUGCGCGGCGUCUGUCGGAGCGCUCCCCUCAGCUGCUCGCCAUGGCGCUGACCCGCCGCGCUGUCGCUAGAGAGUUGGAGAAUGCUGUUACUGAAGUUAAAAGUAAAGCCAAAACUCACCUUCCUGGCAAAAGGGCUGCUUUGGAAGAAAUAGGAAAUAAAGUUACAACGAGAGGAACAAGUUUAGCUAAGAAAACAGAAUGCUCCAAAGCAUCCACAAAGCCUACAAAAGGACCUAGUAAGGUGAUAAAUGUACUGCCUAAACCUCCAGCUGCUGUGAAUCAAGCACUCAAAGAAACUACUGUUAAAAAGGUCCUGUCUCCUGUCCCCAUGGAUGUAUCUAUGCAAGAGGAGGAUUUAUGCCAAGCCUUCUCUGAUGUGUUGCUCAACAAUGUAGAGGACAUUGAUGUUGAGGACUGGGAGAAUCCCCAGCUGUGCAGUGACUAUGUGAAGGAUAUCUACCUGUACCUGCGAGAGCUGGAGCUGCAGCAGGCUGUGCGCCCGCACUACCUCGAUGGGAAGACCAUCAACGGCCGCAUGCGCGCCAUCCUGGUCGACUGGCUUGUCCAGGUCCACUCCAGAUUCCAGCUUUUGCAGGAAACGCUGUAUAUGUGUGUUGCAAUUAUGGAUCGCUUCUUACAAAGUCAACCAGUAGCUCGUAAGAGGCUUCAGCUGGUGGGUGUAACAGCAUUGCUCCUAGCCUCAAAAUACGAAGAGAUGUACUCUCCUGAUGUAGCAGACAUUGUUUACAUUACUGACAAUGCCUACACCAGUGCUGAAGUUAGAGAAAUGGAGAUUUUGAUUCUCAGAGAGUUAAACUUCAAUUUGGGACGACCUCUUCCAAUUCAUUUCUUAAGAAGAGCAUCAAAAGCUGGGGAGGCUGAUGCUAAGCAACACACACUAGCAAAAUACCUGAUGGAGCUGACACUGAUAGACUAUGACAUGGUCCACCACUGUCCUUCAGAGGUUGCAGCUGCUGCAUUGUGCCUGUCCCAAAAGAUUCUGGGACAUGGCAAAUGGGGUGCAAAGCAGCAGUACUACACUGGGUAUGCAGAGGACAGUCUUCUGAUGACUAUGAAACACAUGGCCAAGAAUGUGGUCAAAGUAAAUGGGAAGUUAACAAAAUAUACUGCUAUCAAGAACAAGUAUGCAAGCAGCAAACUACUGACCAUCAGCACCAUCCCUCAGCUGAACGGCGAGCUAAUCAGGGACCUGGCUUCAUCACUCUUGUGAUGACCCUGCUAGGCAGCCCAGUCCUGAUGGAACAUGCACUUUGUCCUUGCCUUCUCUGUUGGGGCAAAACCACUCUGCUCCUUGUACAUAGUAUUCCAGCCUUUCCACAGACAUUUUGGACUCACUCAGAAGGUGAAAUUUUAAACUUGCUUUGUAAUACAACUCUUUACCUAGAAAUAAAGCUACUCUCUUGUUUUUUUAAAAAAA